AUGGAUGCCUUCAUUGACUACCAAAACUCCUUUCUAGCACACUCAUCUGAAAAUCCUCCGCUGGGAUCCUCUUCGAACUCAAACGACACCAGAAGCACCGGUGGGGAUGCGGUCGCUGACACAGAAGUAAAGCUGGCUUCACAAACCCCGAAGAAGAGAGCUGGAAGGAAAAAGUUUCGAGAGACUCGACACCCGGUUUACCGAGGAGUGAGAAUGCGGGAUAACGGUAAGUGGGUUUGUGAGGUGAGAGAGCCCAACACGCAGUUCAGGGUGUGGUUAGGGACGCAUCCCACUGCUGUAAUGGCAGCCAGGGCACAUGACGUGGCUGCUUUGGCCUUCAGGGGGCGAUCGGCGUGUUUGAACUUUGCUGACUCUGUGUGGCGGCUGCCUGUCCCGCAGUCUAACAAAAUAGAGGAUAUACAAAAGGCGGCUGCAGAAGCGGCGGAGGCUUUUAGAUACAUGGACACGGAGGAUGCAGUGGAGAAUGUGGAAACAAAUGAGUUGCCGGAAGUUCAGUCUUACGUGGAUGAAGAGGAGAUUUUUGAGAGUUCCGGAUUUUAUGCCAGCAUGGCCGAGGGACUGAUGGUACCACCUCCUCCGAUGGUGGGGUAUGGCAACUACGGAGAUAACAUGGACUUUUGUGAUUACGGGUCUUUAUGGAGUUUUUAG